AUGACUUUGGUUCGAAAAAUCAAAAAUUUGGCUGAGUUAGAAAAAUUAAGCCUGUUUCUAAUACCAUUUCUGCAACCUAAUACUUUCUUGCUUCUUCAAGGAGAACUAGGAGUGGGUAAAACUACUUUGACCCAAUUAGUCGCUAAAAACUUGGGAAUUAAAGAAAAAAUAACUUCUCCUACUUUUACUAUUUGCCAAAGACACAAGAUUAAAGAUAAUUACUACUUAAACCACUUUGACUUCUUUCGCUUAAACACUAAUGAUAACUUAAAUGUUUUUCAAGAAUUAACUAUUGAUAAUUUGAAUAUUAUUGAAUGGCCAGAAAAAAAUCUUCAAUUUUGGCAAGAGAAAAAUCAUAUUAAAAUCAAAUGGCUUAUAAAAACUAAAAAAAUUAUGGAUAAAAUAACUAUUUUCGACACUCAUUGCCACCUUGCUGACCAAAAAUAUCAAGAACAGAAUAAGAACACCGAAGAAAUUAUUCAAGAAGCCAAAAAAGUCAGACAAUUAGAACUAGCCAAAAAAUACGAUUUACCAGUCCUAUUACAUAUUAGAAGCAAAGAGGAUGAAAACAAAUUUUUAGAUGCUUUUGCUGAUGCUUACAAAAUAGUAAAAGAAACAGAAAUAAAAAGGGGCAUUCUUCACUGUUUUACUGGUAAUUGGGAAGUAGCUGAAAAAUUCCUAAAUUUAGGAUUUUACAUUUCUUUUGCGGUCAUAGAAACUGACGCUCCUUAUUUAACUCCCGAACCUUAUCGCGGGAAAAUCCCCAGAACAUAA